UUUGCUAAUGUUAUGAAGUGUUUUUACAGAAUGUGUUUGAUGUCAACAGUGAAAGGAGGUUAUGAAAUACUUAUCUUGAAGUUGAGCAAGUCUAGGCAAAGCUGCUUGGUUAAACCUGUCUGUUUAUGCAACUGUUUUCUGGAGAUAUUCUGAGGAACAAUGAAAAGAUUUUUUUGAAGAUUAAUGUGUUGCCUUACCCAACAGAUUCGACUUGAAAAGUUCUUUCUGUGCACCUGCAUGCUGUACAACGACAUUUGAAUUGUAAAGUGCCAACGAAAUGCAGAAGCAAGUAGAGAUCAGAAUGCAUGAGAAUCAUCUGGAUACUCCUUCACCACCUGAGAAAUCCUCGUGUGGCAUCUGUGACAAACUCAUGAAGAACCUGCUUCUAACGCUCACAAUUCUUGGCGUGAUUACAGGCUCAGUAGCUGGUAUUCUACUGCGUUACGCAUCCCCACUUCCCCCUGAUGUCAUUAUGAUCAUUGCCUUUCCUGGUGAUAUUCUCAUGAGGAUGUUAAAAAUGCUGAUUUUGCCUCUGAUCAUCUCAAGUUUGAUCACAGGACUAGCAGGGUUGGAUUCAAAAUCCAGUGGCCGUCUAGGCACAAGGGCCAUGGUUUACUACAUGUCUACCACCAUCAUCGCAGCCGUGUUGGGGGUUAUCUUGGUGCUGCUCAUCCACCCUGGAAAUCCCAAACUAAAGGCAAACCUAGGAGAAGGGAAAAAGAAUGACGAGGUGUCCAGUUUAGAUGCCUUCUUUGAUCUCAUCAGAAAUCUGUUUCCAGAAAAUCUUGUUCAGGCUUGUUUCCAGCAGAUCCAGACUGUUACUAACAAGGUAGAAGUAACUCCUCCACAUCCAACUCGGUUUGGACGAAAUGCCACCAAGGGUGCAGUCAAAUAUGUGAUCAAGAAGUCGCUUCAAUUCAAGAGCGGCAUGAAUGUGUUAGGUAUUAUUGGGUUCUUUGUGGCAUUUGGGAUUUGCAUGGGAAAGAUGGGAGAAAAAGCCAAGAUGAUGCUUGAGUUCUUCAACGUCCUCAAUGAAAUUGUUAUGAGGCUUGUCGGCAUGAUCAUGUGGUAUUCCCCCGUUGGUAUUGCAUGUCUGAUCUGUGGGAAGAUUAUUUCAAUUAAUGAUCUGGAGAUGGUGGCCAAGCAGCUGGGAAUGUACAUGGUCACCGUCAUCAUUGGACUUUUCAUUCACGGCGCCAUAUUCCUACCGUUAAUAUAUUUUGUUAUUGUUCGGAAAAACCCGUUUUCAUUCUUUAUGGGAAUUUUCCAGGCCUGGGUCACUGCUUUAGGAACAGCCUCUAGUGCUGGCACAUUACCUGUAACUUUUCGCUGUCUGGAGGAAAACCUUGGCAUCGACAAGAGAGUGACCCGUUUUGUACUACCUGUUGGAGCAACAAUCAACAUGGACGGUACAGCGCUUUAUGAGGCCGUGGCAGCCAUAUUUAUUGCCCAGAUGAAUGGAAUAGAGCUUGAUUCAGGCCAGAUUGUUACAGUCAGUCUUACAGCUACUCUUGCAAGUGUAGGAGCAGCCAGUAUUCCCAGUGCUGGACUGGUGACUAUGCUUCUGAUUUUAACUGCUGUGGGAUUACCAACUCAAGACAUAAAUUUGCUAGUCGCAGUCGACUGGUUACUGGAUCGUUUUCGAACAUCAGUCAAUGUUGUCGGUGAUUCGUACGGAGCGGGCAUCGUGUACCACCUCUCCAAAGAUGAGCUUGACAUGUUCGAUGCCCAGCAGAUGAGGACAGAUGACUUUGAGAUGGCCAAGACACAAUCCUAUUUUGAGAAUAACACUAACCAUGGUGUACAUGUGUCUCACAACUCCUGUCAACAGGUCCAAAUAGAUGACUGCAAGGUACAUUACAGUCUCACAGACAUAGAAACCUGUAUGUAGAUGCUUUCUUUUUGUUCCCUUACAUGUAUGUACCAUAUACAUUUUUUUACACUUUUGUAUUAAGGUCAUGCCUGAUGAAAAUGAAAAAAGGAAGGAAUGGAUAAAUAAUGUCAGAUUUAUUUGUUCUGGUGCUGGUGAAAUAGCAGGUUUUGUGCAGAAAAGCCUAUCCAUAUUCUCCCCUGUAUUAAGAAUAUUUCUCAUUUUUGUAUGAGGACUAAAGCUGGUCACAUCUGAAAAUGAAAGCUGAGACGAUGCUGCGAACAGUACAAUGUAUUAACAUGCACCUCAUAUUUUUGGGGGGUGGAGAAACUCUGGUUGACGAAGGCUGCUAUUUCAUUUCUCAUAAGUGAAAUGUUAAGUUUGACAGAUAAGUAAUUGUGUUUUAGUAAGACAAAUAUUGAACAUGAAUGUUGUGAUUUUUCUUUUCUUUUAUUCCGAUGUUAUUCCUCUUUUUUGCAACUGAGUAGAAGUUUUGACCCUGUGUUUCACAAACGCGUAGGUCUGUGUGGUACAGUAGCAAGCAUUGCACUUUUUCCACAACCCCUUAAAUUUGGAUAGAGAUUCAUCUCUAUAUAAAAAUAUAAUCCAAAUAAUUCUCUCUAUCUGUAUGCAGUCUUUCAGCAUUCUUUAAGGAAUCCCGCUGCAGCUUAGUUGAUCUUUCUUGUGGUGGGUACAUUUCUGUGAAUUUUGAUAUAAAUUGUGCUGUUAAAUAUGAAACUACUUGGACUCUCUGCUCCAAACCAUAAACGGUUUAGUUAGCAGCGCUGAAUGCAUUUAGACUGUGCCUUGGUCCAACAGUUAGUUGUCCCUGAUAAUUGCUUUCAGGUAACCUUGGCCUCAAAUGGCUACCCUGUCGAGUUCUCACUUGUUGAGGAGGAACCAUGGAUUCACGAGUAACACGGCACACAGAUCCAGCUCCGCCUUAUCCUGAGUCCCACAACAUACCAAAUGCAAAUUUUAUACUCUUAAACAGUCAGAAGUUACCACACCAUUUCUCACACGCACAAGCAAUGACUUUUGUACGAUCUCAUUAUGCUUGAUUUACAGUAGUUAGUGCUCUUGGUGGUUCACCUGGAUGGGUGCACAGGGUUGAUAAUGGGCUGCAAUGAACCUUAUGCGAGGGUGGUAGAGUGGUCGAAGCAUGAAAGCACAUAAACAUCGGGUUGAUGAUCAGUCUGAAACCUGUUGCCUUAAGGCUUAUAAAGCAUGAAAUAUUGGAAUAGCUUACCCAGUUUGAGACCACAGAUUGACUCUAGAGCAUAACUAGUGGCAACAGGAGAGAAGUGCAGCUUGUUUGCUAAAGACACUGACUGGAUUAACCCUUGGUGGCAUCACUGCAGAUCAGCCUCUUACAAGAGCUUACCAAGUACUUAGAGGUUCUGAAAUAGUGGUUUCCCUUCAAAUGCAGCCAGUUAUUUUUAGGUGCUAUCAGACGUAAAUUCCACGUCAGUAAUUACACAGCAUGGUGAGACAUGGAGUAGCCUAUACAGUGAGUUAAGUGGCGAUGUCUAUCUGCAGGGACAGCCAAGUUUUAUUUUCUGUAAGCUCUUGGGACCAUACAUUCCUAUGUACUGUGGUGGACAAAUAAAUACAAUGCAGUUUUUUCAUUUAUGUGCACAUGCAUGUGUCGGUAUGUGUCAUUAUACAUGUAGAAUUGACUUUCAUUUGCAUGCUCAUACUGUGUGUAGGUUAUGAGAUUUAUGUAUUUAUUUGCUAAAUUGUAAUCUUGCCUUGAAGACACACUGCAAAACUCUGCAGACAGAAAAGUACAUGACACAUUAUAUGACUAUAAUAACAUUAAGAGCAAUUCCAUUUUCUUUUAUAAUAGUCUUUUUGGAUACUCGGAUAUUAAGUCCAGUUGAAUGGAUUAUUUCUGUAUUGUCAUUGAUACAAUAGCUGAGAUUGUUAGCAUGUAAUCUAAGAAGAAAUAAGUUUAUUACAUCUGCAACAUUUAUUUGGUAGUCCCUGGUUACUUGAUCAACAUUUUCUUUUGCACCAAUAUCUUUCUUUUUGUUAUUAAAGUGCCUCCUAGCACUUUGUGUAAAUAAAUAAAUACAUUUACAGUACGUAUGUUGUCAUAAUUUAGAUAUUUUUCAUGCAUACGAAGCUGUUGUAUUAAUUUUCAUCACUUUAAAAACAUAGGCAAGUCAUGUAUUCAGUAACAGGUUGAGUAGCUAUCAUAUAAUAUACGGUACACUUCACGUAGAACAGAUUGCUGAGAAACAUUAGAAUGACAAUUUAAAAUGUGUAUGUAUAUACACUAUACGGAAGCACAUUUUUCAUUUUUCACAAUUCAGGAUUUUUGUUUCAAUUCAUUAUGAUAUUGUGUUUUAAAUAUUGUGUACUGUUAAACUGUAAUAAUGACAUCAGGGAAAAUUAUACGGUCUAUGGGGAAAAAGUCAAGUAAUUAAUCAUUAUGGGUUGCUACUGCCAUGUAAAGUGCAAAGAAAAUGUAGUGUAAGAAGUAUACACAAUAUAGACCUAUUAUACAGGCAGGGCUUGACACAACAACUAACUCUUGUGUUAGUUGCAGGUUGUAUUUAGAAUAAUGUGGAUGUAUAUGUUCCAUCCUGCAAUUUUUUUGUGCAACCCUGACUAAAUUCAAAGACAUUUCUUACCAAACUUGAAAUGUUUAAAUUUGUCUUUUUCCUCUAUAAAAUACUUACAAAUUGUAAAUAAAGACAAUGCUUCUUGUCUAAAUGGCCUAUUUUGUUUUAUUUCCAUUGUUUUUUUAUGUAAAUGCAUUUUUGCUUCUGCGCACAAUAAUGUCUUUAUGAUUAUACAUCUCACUUAUUAAUUUCAUUUAAACUAACUAAAAGAAUAGACAAUUAAAAAUUUGUAUUCAAAUAAAUGUCUUUUACAAUUGCAAAGGUUUAAAAUAUUUUAACAAGGCGAUACAAACCAGAUGUUUCUUGAAGACGUGGCAGUUUCUUUAAACAUUUAAAAAUGUAUCAUAUCCCACAGAGUACACAGUACUUACAAACGCAUGCUGACAAACCUUAUUAAAAUGUUUUCUCACCAUAUUAUUCAAACCACCAAUCAAUUAAAAAAAAAAACAGUUGGACCUUGCAGUUAAAAAAAACAAUAAAUGUAAAAAG